AUGACCGAGACAGGAACCAUCAUUCAUUAUCAAAAAGGUGUAGCAAGUCUUUCCCCAGUAUUCAACAUGCCAGAAGUAGCCCACUUUUUACUCACAGUCAUGUCUUUGCAACGAGCGAUUGUAUUGGAUUUGAAGAAACUUACAGCAAUAUACCAAGUAGGCCUUGAAGACUCGAUCAGCUUCUUAUCAUCUAAUAAUGAUGACAUGUUUUAUCGUGUUGACUCCCCUAUUUCAGAUGAUGCUUCAGACACCUCGACCAGUAGCGAUAUGAUGGAAAUGGAAAGAUUACGUAGAAUAUUGAAGCUAACUACUGACAAGGUUAAUGCAAUUGAUCUUGAUGACGAUCUGUUAAGCUGUGAAGACUGGGAAGAUCUCCUAAUACUUGAUGAAAAUGACAAUUAA